UCUUCUUUCGUCUUCGUGGCGAGUCCGGGAGCGCGAGGAGCAGCGAUGGCGACGCCGCGGCCGGCCGUUGCGCAGAUCCAAAAUUUCAAGCAGGAGAGGAAGCUGACCAAGUGUGUGACCUGCGGCAACACGGCAAUGGGGAUUCUCUCUUCUAGAUGUGAUUUCCGAGCUUGCGGGACGUGCUGUGUGAGGGCUAAGAACCCCUGCCAAGCUCACGGAUUUAAGCAAGCUACAGGGCCAAUGACUCCUUCUACGCCGGAGGUUUCACAGCCUCGUCCAGCGCAGUUUCAGUGGGCUCCUGGAAUGGGAAUGUCACCAUACAUGAGGCCUCCAAAUGGACAAGUUUCAUCUCCUUACAUGAACCAGAUGAUGCGAUACCGUGUCCCUUACACGUCUCCGAUCGUCCGGAUGCCGGCGCCUCCUCCAGUGGAAACCGAAGAUCAGAAAGAGGCGCGGCUGGAGAAAGCUCGAAAGAAUUUCAUCUACGCACAGAAGGAAGCGCUCAUGAUAAACUCGUGGAGAAUGAUCAAGAUGAGAGCGUACGCAGACGCAGAUCUUUCCUUUGAAGACGAGGCCUUCGAUCGUUACAUGCGAGCUUCUACGUUGUUGGAAGGCGUGGUAGGACUCGACGAGAGGAACGAUACAGUAACGGAGGGCAUAGCGGAUACAAGACAGGAAGAUUCACUACAGGCCGCAGUCUUGGCCAGGCAUGACUCGAGGAACAGCGAACUCCAGAGACAAAAGCUCCAAAAGGCCAUCGCCAAGAGCUUUUCAAAGCUCCGGAAGAAGGAGUCGGAGUCGGAGAGCAUGCUAGAGAUUCGCGAGUUCAACCAGCAGGCAGGGAUCGGCCGCAGGGACACGAAACGAAUGAAGGUCCAGACUCCGGAUGGAAAGGAGUGCUUGCGUCGGAUCAACGCGUGGGAGGAUCUCUUCGAGGGAAUCGGGUCGUUCUCCAGCUCCGGAGAGAUGAGGAACUACCUGGAGCAGUUCUCGACGAGAGAAGCGAGCAAAGGCGAGCAAGUAAAUCCCGCUGCGAGCGGUGCCAUGGAGGAGAAGAGCUCGAAGAUCCCGCCAGUGCGAAGAUUGGUCACCAUUCUCAUGAAGCAAAAGCAGCAAGCGCCAGUGAUCCCAGAGACGCAAAAGGAGAUGGAACUUUCGGACGAGAGCUUGAGCAAGGUGUACGAUAAUCUCGAGAGCUACACGCUGGAAGCGCUGUAACAUCCAUUGCUAGAGCUAAAAACUAUCAUUGCGAGAAACACUA